AUGCGAGACAACACUGCAGCCUCUCGCAAGUUCAUCGAUCUCAUUCGUCAGGCCUCGUCCAAGUGGGCUAAUUGGGACCCGCCGAUUGAGAUCAAGGUGGGAGACUAUGGGACGAUCGACAGUGAGACUGGAGAGCUCGACGUGGAAGGGAAUAUCUACGAUAUUGGAUUCCAAACAUCAUUGAAAAAUCAAGGCUUAAAUGUCGAUUUAUCUGACCCAUCAUGUCAGCCAACAAAGGGCGGAGUCGACGACAAUAUAAUCAUGUCUUCCUCGGGUGUUAAACAAGGAGAUUUCUCGCUGAAGCCAGAAGUCUCCUUUCUCAACCUGGCUUCUGCUUCCGUCAAGGCUGAAUUUCAGUUCCAAGAAGGCAAGCGAGGCGCCGUCCUCGUAAUGCACAAACCCCUGCAGGCAUACAUUCCACCGGGCAAGGUGCUGUCCACUGUACACAAAGCGACCGAGCUGCAGGACAAGUAUCUCGUCACCAGCACGUUCACGUGUCCAGGAUAUUAUAUCUAUUUAUCUAACAAGUCCGGAGAGAGGAUAGCACUGGCACUAACUGCUAGUGCACCAAUUCCAGCUGCAGCAGGUUUAAUUGCUGGCGGAACAGCCUCCAUGGAUUGGUGGACUGAUGCCCAAGCAGCAUUCCUCCGAAAAGCGGUUGAUAAGGCUGGGCAGUACCGCUACACGCCACUGUACAGCCUGAAGCACAGACAACAUUCUUUCAUAUCACGAAUCUUCCGCGGAGAAGAGGUAGAGCAAACAGAAGACGAUUUGUGGCCUGACUGUACGCCCCCAUGGCAGCCUCUUGAUGAAGAUGGAGCUGAAGAUCCAGUGUGGGAGGACGUGCGUCUAGUUUUGCUGACUCUUUCUAAUGCUUUUCGCUCAUGA